GGCUGCCAUGAGGUGUGGCGGGGGUCGCCAGCCGCGAUCGUCGACGUCGCCAUGCACCGCUCCGUCGUUGUGCUGCUCCUGGCCACGUUGUCCGGAGUUCUUGCCAACUGGGACGACUGGUGGACCUACGAGGGAAUAUCUGGUCCCGACUUCUGGGGACGUCUGAACCCGGCCUGGACCCUGUGCAGCACCGGACGACGCCAGUCCCCCGUCAACAUCGAGCCGAGGCAGCUGCUCUUCGACCCCAACCUCAAGCCGGUCGCCGUCACCAGUCACAGAGUGAACGGCCAACUGCAGAACACGGGCCAGGGCAUCGUGUUCCGACUGUCCGAGGACGACCACGGCGGGGUCAACAUCAGCAUGGGUCCGCUCUCGUACCGCUACCGCGUCUACGAGCUCCGGCUUCACUUCGGGCGCACGGACGACCGCGGCUCAGAACACUCCGUGUCGGGAUUCGUAUUUCCCGCCGAGCUCCAGAUCCUGGGCUACAACUGCGACCUGUACGCCAACGUGUCCGAGGCUCGGCAAAGAGCGCAGGGCCUCGUCGCUGUCGCGGCCAUCAUUAAGCUACGGGACUCCGCCAACUUGGAGCUCCGACUACUCACGAGUCAGCUGCUCCAUCUAGGCUUCAAAGGGUCGCAGGUUCCGGUGAAGUCUGUGUCAAUCCAGGACUUGGUGCCUGCGACGGACAGCUACAUGACGUACGAGGGUUCAGCCACGACGCCCGGCUGCGAGGAGACGGUCACCUGGAUACUGAUGAAUCGGCCGCUCUACAUGACGCGCCAACAGCUGUUUGCCACUCGGAAGCUGAUGCAAGGAGACAGCUUCCACCCGAAGGCGCCGCUAGGAAACAACUUCAGGCCCACGCAACCGCUCCACGGCCGCGUCGUUCGCACCAACAUCGACAUGAGGAACGAGGACUGUCCAGGAAUGCAGACGAACAAGUUUUACCAGGCCAACAUGGAUCUUCUGACGCGGUAGCGAAGGAAAUACGCUACGGACUACGUCACGGAUUACGUCACGGAUUACGUCACCUCCGCAAGACCUCACAGCUCCCCCGCCGUAGCAGGAGAUGCGAGCAGAAGCUCGGCCCGCUACCGCGA